GGCUGUGUUAGACAUUGCGGGAGGAAACAAAAAAAGUUACCUUUUUCAAUGUUAUUGAACACUUUGCGAGAAACGAAACAGUAACGAGCACAGUGCCCCGUACUGUUUUAUAUUUAGGGAGUCUGGGCUGAGAAGUGUCUGAAAACGAUAAGGUAGUUCAUAGGUCAUGUUAAGGAGGAAAAUCGAAUGGAUAUGUGGAAGCUUUUUCAAGACGUUUUCAGGACAAGCGCCAACAGUCCAGAAAGCUUCUUUGGACAUUCUUGAGGAAGUGAAGGACAAUGUGCCUAACAUUGUAGGAGUCCCUCAGUCUUCUCAGCAGCCCUAUGAAUCUCUUGUGAGAAGAUACAGAGGUUUGAUGGUUCGAGCUCUUCCUAAACCAGGACAGGCACUAAUUCAGCAGCCCAGACUCUCUGAGAAGAGCACCCCUGCCCAGCUCUCCAUGACAAUGACUAGCGAAGCAAAGCAUUCACCAUCCCGUGCCACGGGUGGAAGGGGUUCUGUUUUGGAUCUAAUAACCUGGCCUGCAAAGUCGGCCUUCUCUGGCAUGCUGCAGGCUUCUUACACAGUAUACAUGUAUCUGUCAGUGCACUUUAACAGGGCUAUAUCCCGGAUAAGAAAGGCUGCAGUGGAAGAACAGCCUAGGUGGAAAAGCAGAGAGAGGGCAGGGAUGGGGUUUGUGGUUUCAAAGCACGGAAUCACUGCCAGGUAUUACGAAUCGGGGCGACAGGAGUGGCUGUAUGGUUCCUACGGCAACUCAUCUGUCUCCUUACUCUAAAUAAAAAGGAUAUGCAUCUCCAAGCUUUGUAUUUGAGCAUGUUUUAAACACUGGCUACCGCAGUUCAGUAAUGUUGUAACCUAAUCAUAACAGUCAAUACUCAAGCAUAAAUCAGUUCCAUGUCAGCCAUAGACAUGCGUUUCAACAAGAAGUAUUACAAUUUAAUAAACACAAUAUAUCUGACAUUUCUUAUUUAAAAAAUCAAAUUUUAUAACCAAGACAAAAAAAAAAUCAUUAAAAAACAAAACUGUUAACCAGUCAAAAGGUCACUGCUUGAACAAUACAAAACAUUAUAUAUACACACACACACACACACACACACACAGUGCCAGUCAAAAGUUUGAGUACACCUGCUUGAAACCAGAUUUUUCAUGAUUGUCUAUGCUUUUAAGUGUAUAAACUUGUCUGUAAACACUUAAUAUUUCAUUAUAUGAUACGUGUACUUAUAUAAGCUGA